AUGGUAAGGGCUCCUUAUUUUGAUAAAAAUGGAACAAAGAAAGGAGCAUGGAGUGAGGAAGAGGAUAAGAAGCUUAUUGCUUAUGUUGAGAAACAUGGCCAUCCCAAUUGGCGUCAACUUCCAAAGUUUGCAGGGUUGCAAAGAUGUGGAAAAAGCUGCAGACUUCGAUGGAUGAAUUACCUGCGACCAAAUCUAAAACGAGGGAACUAUACCCCCAAAGAAGAGCAAAUCAUCACGGAUUUGCAUAAAAAACAUGGCAAUAAAUGGUCUUUGAUUGCUGAAAAUCUACCUGGAAGAACAGACAAUGAGAUAAAGAACUAUUGGCACAGCCACCUAAAGAAGUUCCUGAAGAGCAACAUGAACAACUCUUGUGAUGAAGAUUUGACGUCCAGUGGAUGCAAAGAGUUUGAAAGUCCAGUAAACGAGGCUCUUAGUGUUGAAUGUCACCACAUUUUGGAGAGUUCAGUGUCAAUUUCCUCAGAAACAUCCUACACCGAUCACAAUUCCCCUUCACUUUCAUUCUCCUCUAGUCACACCGAAUCAAACUUGAACAUGUGCAAGGAAGAAGCAAGUGUUGCUUCGUUGGAAACAUUGGAUUUAGGGUUCAGUAGCAAUUUCUGGACCGAACCGUUCAUUUCAGAAAAUGCACUUAGUCAGGAUUAUUUUCCCAUUUCCUCUUACGGAACAGAACCGUUUUACUUGUGGUAG